ACGAAAAAUUCGAUCGAACCCCUGACGCAGUUUUUUCAAGUGAGAAAUUCUCUAACAAACAGCUUUCUCUCUCUACUCUCUCUCUCUAUUCUUUUUCGCAAACCCUUAGCGUGCCCUUCAAUCGAACCUUCCCUUCAAUGGCAAACAGCAAUUUGCCUCGAAGAAUCAUCAAGGAAACUCAGCGUCUCCUCAGCGAGCCUGCACCGGGAAUAAGUGCAUCACCUUCGGAAGAUAAUAUGCGGUAUUUUAAUGUCAUGAUUCUUGGUCCAUCACAGUCUCCUUAUGAAGGAGGGGUUUUCAAGCUGGAAUUAUUUUUACCUGAAGAAUACCCAAUGGCUGCUCCCAAGGUUCGAUUCCUCACCAAAAUCUACCAUCCUAACAUUGAUAAGCUUGGUAGGAUAUGCCUCGAUAUUCUCAAGGACAAAUGGAGUCCCGCUCUUCAGAUUCGAACCGUACUCUUGAGUAUUCAAGCACUUUUGAGUGCUCCAAAUCCAGACGAUCCACUAUCUGAGAACAUUGCAAAGCAUUGGAAAUCGAAUGAAGCUGAAGCUGUUGAAACAGCAAAGGAAUGGACCCGUCUAUAUGCAAGUGGUGCAUGAAAAAAUGUUGGGAGUUUAGGGCCCCUCCGGUAAUAACAGAAUAUGCAAUGUAUCUUAUGGAUUGUUGAAUUUUAAUGGAAAUUUGAAAGAAUUGAUGCUUGGAUGAUUGGAAUUGAACAUUCUCAAAGCUUCCAAAUACUGCUCUGAUAAAAUUGUUUCUUCACUUUGAAACUUUGUCAUGAAAUUGUAUAAUUAGAUAAGAUGCUUCUGUGUUGUUUUGAUCUUCGAAUUUGGAACUAUUCUCUGGGUUGGUGGGUCGGUGGGGUUUAGUGCAGAGAAAUUAUGUGAAAUAGCUGGUAAGAGUCAGAGCUACGGUUGCCCAAUCGAAGCUUGUUGAGAUCCUUUCAUCCUUGGAAUGAGUAUGCCAAAGGUUUAGGCCGUAUUUUUCUCAUUUAA